UCAACAUGGCGUCGUGUUGCCUAGCAACGGUGUUCCUGGUUUUUACACUCCUCCUUCCGAGCGGAGACGGUCAGCCCCACCUGCGGACUCCAGGUGACGUCAUCGUCCCCGCCCUCAUCCCCAUCCACCCAGCUGGUCACGUGCCCUUCACGUGCGGUGACGUCGUGCCGGCUACUAGUCUCCAAUUGGUCGAGGCCUUCCUCUUCGCCCUCGACGUCAUCAACCGUGACGCCGCCCUGCUACCAGGUGUUCAGCUGGGCGGGGUUCUGAUUGACAGCUGUAACAGUCCCGAAAUAGCCGCUCUGGAGGUGACGAACUUGUUAAGCGGAGGCUCGGGAUAUCUCGGUGACGAUAAGGAUAAAGUUGUUGGAUUUGUCAGCGGUGAAUCCGACCAAGUUACCGCUGCGGUAGCAAGUGUCCUAGCCUCGACCCAGACGCCUCAAAUCAGCUACACGACAACAAGCGCAGCACUUAAUGACAAUGUGUUGUACCCCUACUUAUUUCGGGCUCUGCCAAGUGAAAAGACGCACGGGGCUGUCCUAGCUGAAAUUGUGAAGGCCCUGAAAUGGACGUAUGUGUCGGUAGUCGUUUCAGACGACGUUUACGGAUCAACCAAUCAGAGGGCAUUCCGAAGAAUUGCAGAAAACAAUGACGUAUGCAUCUCAUCUACACAAACCGUACGUCAGAACAGCACGGACGCUGACCUUGACUACGUCAUUUCCGUUUUGAGAAGCAAGCAAGGGGCCAAAGGCGUCGUCUUGCUUCUACAAAUGGAGGCUAUUCAAAGGGUUUUUGAGGCAGCCAUGCGAGCGGGGGUCUCUUCACAGUUUCAGUGGUUGGGCUUUGGAGUGAAGGAUGUUCUUGAACUGAAUAAUUUCGACUCAGUAGCAAGAGGGUCUGUAUCACUUGAGAUGGAGACCCAUGAAAUCAACACAUUCAAAGAGCAUUUGAAAACUUUAAAUCCCGCGAAUUAUACCAGAAACCCAUCAUUCCGAACAUUCUGGGAACAAUAUUUUCAAUGUGACAUUUUCCCGGGAAACGGUGCCUUUGGACAGAACUGUACUGGGAACGAGGUUUUGGAUGAAAACUCUGGGAUCGACCAGGACCCGUUAGUCCUACCGGUCUUCAACGCCGUGUACUCGUUCGCGCAUGCGCUGGAAGCUGUCUUGUCUGGAGGCUGUUUGGGUCCUGUCAGCGCAUGUGUGGCGGGGAAAGGGGCACGGUUCUUUGAGAAGUUGAAGAGGUUAGGUUUUGUAUCCGUCAGCGGGAGUAACUUCAGAUUCACACCCGACAGAUUUGCCGAGUCGGUGUUCGACGUGCUGAACAACAAGAGGAUGCCAGGCGGCACUUUUGCAAUGACCAAGGUUGGUCGGUAUGCAGGUGGCAUCCUACAGCUGAACCCGUCAGAUGUCUACACCUACAAUGACCAGAACAUGCCUGUGGUAUCCACGUCCUACUGUGUAGGCACCUGCCCCGAGUGCGCACGUUCCGACGACGUCAUCUACAUUCCCGGUGACGUCAUCAUCCCUGCCGCCUUCCCCAUCCAUUCCGGCCAAUCGUCGUCUCCGUUUGGCUGCGGCGCCUUGCGUUCCAAAGCGGUAGUGCAGGACGUGGAAGCGCUUCUGUACGCGUUGGACAAAGUCAACGCCGACAGAGAUAUACUUCCUACCAUCAAGCUAGGAACUGUGGUGCUAGACUCGUGUUCGAGCGGAGUAAAAGCCGUCAAAGACGCUUCAAAUCUACAGAGCACGGGAAAAACUUCGAGGGGAGACCCCGUUGCACCCAUAGCCGGGUACGUCGGUUCAUCAAUGGCGGGAGAAUCGCGGCAACUGGCAACUUUUUUGGAAGGUCUGGAAAUACCGGAGAUUGGAACAUGUCAAAACAGCCGACUUUUAACCGAUAGGUCUAGGUAUCCAAACCUUUUAAACACUGUUUCGUCGGAAGAACAAACAGUGAACGUUACCAUCGCAGUUCUGAAAAGGUUGGGGUUUAGUUAUGUUUCAGUAGUCAACAGUGAAGAGGAGAUGUAUAAACUACUGAAAGAUGACUUUGUGUUUGCUGCAAACCGGCAGGGGAUUUGUAUUGCGACAGAAGUGGAGGUAAAACGUUUCCAUGGAAGCGGGGAUUACGACAAGACGAUUACGUCACUAAAAGAGCACGCUGAAAAGGGAGCAGAGGCGGUUGUGCUGUUUCUACCGUCCGCGCAGGCGCGAAGCCUUAUUAGCGCCACCUCGCGGAGCAGUACCAUCGGCCUGUUCACGUGGGUAUCCGCUCUUGGUCUUGAAAACGACAACGCCUUCUUUUCAACGAACGUGACCUUGAAACACGCCACAAGGGGGGCGUUGAGGCUGGAAACAGAAGUGGCAAAAUCGCAGGCGUUUGAAAACUACGUGUCGUCUCUAACCCCGGGACAGAACACGAGAAACCCCUGGUUCAAACCGUUCUGGCAAUACCUCUUCCAGUGUGACCUCCCCGGGACUGUGGCCAAAUAUGGUAGGCAAUGCGGGAGUGACUCGCGCGUCGUGAACUUUGACUUCUUGGACGACGGCUGCGCGCUGAGCACCAUCAACGCAGUUGUCUCCAUGGCGAGGGGGAUACACCAGUACUGGAGGGAAACGUGCUCAACACCCGGUCUGUGCGACGCGUACUGGAGUUCGGUGGGAAGGUUACAAGAAAUCGUGGAGAAAAUCAAAGCUGUUUCGUACACAGACGAGAGCGGAGGUAUAUUCAGAUUCACGCCCAGUGGUGAUGCGGCGGCCAGGAUGAAGAUUCUCAACUACCAGAGGCAAAGUGGAGGAUCCUACGCCUACAAAGAAGUUGGGACUUGGACGGACAACACUCUCCAGUUGACGCCGUGGACCGUUCGCGCGUACGCCGCGGACGGAGGGGAGCGCCGCCCGACCUCCGCCUGCAAGGACACGUCCUUCUGUCCGCAAUGUACCAACGUCCCCUCCUCAAAACCCACCGGCAUCAACGCGACGAGAAACGUGUUCGCGCCCAUCACCGACCUGGAGAGUCUGUGGGGGUUGUUAGUGGUUGUAGCGGCGGGGUUGGGGGUGGCUAUCAUGACCAUUUUUACGUGCUACGUGACGGUAACGUUACAGAGCAUUCAGACAAAGCGCUCGUCAACUGCCCUGGGGUAUUUGCUGCUGGUGGGUAUCCUACUGAUGUUCGUGACGGUGGUGUUCUUCGUCAUCGAGCCGACGGACGCCGUGUGCGGGCUGCGCCGCGCGGGUCUCGCACUGGCGUACGCCGUGUGCUUCGCCGCCAUGUUGGCUAAAAUCGCGCGCACUGGAAUGGCGCGGCCCCCUAGCAGCCCUGUCAUGUUCGUCAUCGCUCUUCUACUGAUUUCCGUACAGGUAGCCGUGUCGGUCGAAUGGCUGAUCCUAGUUCCCCCCAAAACCGUCUACACGGUGGUAAACAAAGAUAACAAAGUCGAGUACAUCUUUCAGUGCGCAGUCAGAAAAGAAUCCCUCAUUCAAUCCCUCACUUAUGUCAUGUUCUUAGGACUUCUAACCCUCAUCUUUGCCAUAGUGAAGAGUACCCGUAGAGAGAGGACUUCUGAGAUCAUUUGUAUCAGUAAUAGUGCCUGGUUGACGGGUUUUAUCCUUGUAGCGUGGACGAUCAUGCACACGCUGGGAGCUACGUCAUUGAAGAAGGAACAUUGGCGCGACCCGGCCGUGUGUAUAGGACUGGUCAUAACCGGUUGGAUCCUUCUGCUGUUCAUGUUCAUACCAAAGUUAUGGACGCUUGCACGGCUGAAGAGAAGGCAUCACCUGAGGAAGGUAAACGCCGAGAACCAGCGCCGCGCGCGCGCCGUUAGCCACCCGCCUCGUCAAAACAUUGUCAACGGCAACGCAACGUCCAGGUCCCGCGGCAGCGACAACAGCAGACCCUCCCAACCGCCUCUGUACGGGGACGUGGCCUAGCCGGGUCCGCCGGGAGCGCCCCCUGUCUACUACUACAGGUUCUGCCACCGCCAGGCCAAAUCUAAGUACUCAGGUGGUCGGGAGGAUCUGCUCUUCCAGUGGUGACGAGUGUCGUCUGUCAGUCAAAUCACUAACAAAAUCCCUUCGACCUAUCCAUAAUUAAUAUGGCAGUGUCUUUUUCUAACUUCUUGUUGAAUGCUAAUUAUAUCUACAAUUUUUGAAACAGAUACUGUAAUUAUCUUAAAUAUGACUAAUUACUAACGAUACUGACACCGUCACUACUGUUGAUGCCAUGUACAAAACAUUAACUUCUAAGGUAAGAAAAACAGGAACAACUAACACACAUUAUUUUAUCUCACUAACGAAAUCGUUUUCUUCAUCCGAGUUUUUUUGCCUUGGACGU